UGGGUCAAAUCCGGGUAUCUUCUUGUACUCCUCCUAAAAUCAAUUAUUAACCCAUAACUAGACUAAGGUUUAAAUUAGAGCUCAAUUUGACUACGGGAAUCCUGUUCGGAGCGGACUGUAUUUCACUUAACUUCUCGGCGAACUUGGGGAACCAGUUUUGAGAGGGUCGGAAGUAUCGCAAGCAAACAGUAAACACUAGAAUUUCUCUCACUUCUUUUAUUUACUAAACUAAGUUAAACUAGGUGAUAAAAACAAGCGUCUCUUCCGACGAUCGCGACGAGGUGACUUUACGUCCGACCGGUUCGGCUGCUUGCGAUGAACUUAACUUGACUUUGUUCCGACGCGCAAGCUUCUCGUCGCUUCUUCCUUCGUUGCGCGCCAAAAUCCUCUCGCUCGACCGUCGUCGGGCGUCGUUCGUUCUCUUUCUGUUGUUGCGCCGUCGUCAACGACGCCCGUUUCGCGCGCUCUCCGUCGUCGUUGACAGCAAAGCAGGCUGCGCUGCCAUCGUCGCACGACUGUCAUCGCAGCAAGCACAGGGCUGCCAAAACCACUCCAAAUUCCUUUCGAGCUGACAGAUUCAGGCUCGAACAUCCUCCACCCGCGAAGAACUGUAAGCGUUUUCCAAGCGAUCCAGAUCUCUGACUUCCGCCUUCUAGUUCUGGCCAUACGGUGACCAGGCAAGUUCCGAUCAAUUUCUUCGGGGGGCUUUCGUUUCCGCAAGCUGAUGCGAACCUGUUUCAUCUCGUUGUUCCAAAUUAUGCUUAGCUUCGUGUUGUACUUACAGGUCGUACUACUUAGCCGUUGCUGGGGCUGCCUUGCUUGUUCCUUGUACUGACCGCCAUGAGGGAUGAGCUUCCUUGCUCCCUGGUGCUUACCGAUCGUCGGGAACCGGCAUUUCCCUUUGCUUCCACUUGGACCAUCUCCAGUGCCUCCAGGUGAUGUCAUGUGCUUCAGAGGGUCAGCGUACACCGACCGCCAAUGUGGGUGGAAUCUUCCAGAGCCACUCUUCUACUUCAUCAUCAUCGCUGGUGCUGCAGCUAGCUGUAACAUCGACCGCUCAUCAAUCAUUAGUAGUCUGCCAAAUGCAGCAGCCUUCAACGGCGUAAUUGUCCGCGCCGCCGUUUGCUCCACGAGCCACGCUUCGAUUGCUGCCGAGCGCUGUACAUUGUCGUCCUCGUUGUUUGUGCCAUCGCGUGAAACGGCAGGCCUCAUCAAUUCCACGAACUUCGAUGUACUGCUUCAACUCGGGUUCGUCCUUAAACGCCGUGGCUUGAGCCCGCUUCUUCGCGUGCUGUGCUGCUUCCAGUUGUGCCGUCUGUGUUCUGGCGGAGCUUCGCCUAGCGCAAAGCCACCAAGUUGGCUUUGUCAGCGAGUUGGACUCCCGCAGGAAUCACCGAGAUGGUGGAACGUGGCUGAACCCUUUCGACGCCAGCCAACUCGUUCGCGUUGUGUAUGUCCAGAGUUUUCUUCGUCAAGUGUGUGUCGAGCUUACUUGUGAUCAAUAAACCACGGCAGGGGUUUGGGCCGCAGGGUUGUAACAUGGUCACUCUAUUCGUUUAGUUGUUUUUCAUUUAGCUAUAAUCAACUAAUAUAAACAAGUCUAACUGAAUCAAGGGUUUGUGUCGAAGCUAGCACAUGACAAGCUUUAGUAGAACAGUGCUACACCUCACUUCCUCACACCCCCGCCAAUCCGUCCGAUAAGCCAAACAGUCCUGGAGAAAGCACAACUUGCACCACCACGUAUGGGAAGACUUGCUGGGUUAAACCUGCUGAGAGGAACUUGCACGAUCAAGCCCUCUCGGAAAGUCUGGAAUGAAUUAGAACAGGAAAGCUGCCUUCAGUAAUAUUCCCAAAAUCUGUUCGGGUAAAUUCGUUACUCGAAACUACGAAAUUUCUCAGAAUAUUGACUUCGGUUCCCUGCAGACUCGCCAGUUGUGUCCAGUGUUGCAUACGCAAGAUAUGGACGUCCCUCGUCAGCUCGACUCACUGGUGGUAGUGAAGCUACCGCGCAGUCGAUGUCACAAGAGCUGAACAUCAACCAGAACAAGCUCAGCUGCCAUCGCGCGCAGCCAGCGCGUUUGGCUCGGCCCAUUUUAACUUGUUGUUUCGUCUUGUAAUUAGUGAAAUAAAUGUAGUUUUAAUGUGUAAAUAUUGUCUUAGUGCCUCACGACCAUCACCACCUCGUUCACCCAAGUCGAGGACAUAAAACCAGUUUGUUUACAGUUCCAGAAGUUAGACGAUGAGUUUGGGAAAACUUGUUGCCGAGCUGCUGGCUGCUGGUUCGAAGGUUCCUGCGGCGUGUUGAACGACUGGCUUGGUUCUCGUGGCGGGUUGAACGUUCGGAAGUUCCUGUUUCUGUUCCCUUGAGCUUGGAACCCACUCGGUCCGGAGUGUGGUUGAAUCGCGUCGACAAACUCCAUCACUUCUGCUCCAGCUUCUUCCUCUUCGUAGUCAACGUGAUGAACCUGCUGCUGUUGCUUAGCCAGUAGUUGCUGCAGGUGAGUAUACUGUAUAAGUUUUUGACCUGUAGAAGGUUCAUGCAAUAAAUGCUGUUUGAUCCUUGCUAACUCAUUGAUGUAGAAUCUUGAGUAUAUAUACAACAACAUCCUCGGAACACAUUUUUUUCAGAUUGAUUUGUCUUCCAAGUUGUGCCACAAGGAAUUAAUUUGUCGAUCAUAUUUGACCGCACACUUUUUAUGUAGGUAGGGGAACAGCAUCUAAUUAAAUCGUGCCUCUAAUUUGGCCAUAUCAGCACUUUGACGUUCAAUUACAACUCAUAAAAAGCGUUUUCAACUAAAAUCGAGUGAUUAAUAGCUUAAUAGAAAGUGAGCAAGCAAGUUUCUCUAUAUAGUUUUGCAAAAAAAAAGUUGUUUAAAUAGUUAAAUUCAGCAAAUUGGACGGAAUUAGGAACGAGUUCUUAACCUGCCAAACAUAUGAGAAUUUCCGAAACUAUUCUCUUCUUCGGCGAUUGUCAGAAUACGAGUUUGACGUUUUGUCACAUCAGCUGCAUCCUUACUGGGAAUUUUGGAAACACAUUUGAAAAUGGCGGAUAAGAGUUGAAAUGGAAAUGUUACGAAAAGUCUAAUUUCGACGUCGUCGUGCUGUCUUGUCGCAACCGCCAUUUCGACGUUCCGAGAAAAACGUGUUUUAAUGUAUAACCUUGAAUCUAAUCUAAUCUAAUCAGACCCUAGCGCAGCCAAUCUUUCGAAGGGAUCCUGGAGAGUGCCUUAGGUUAGAUGACGCCUAGCACUCUUCUUGUCAUUUAUUAACAUUUGUAGUGCGCCAUUGCAUCGAAAAUGCAUUGAAACAUCACAAGCGUUAAAGCGGCCAGGCCUACUGCGUAAAGCCGUAUCGCAGAGAUGACUCGUAAUUGGGUUGAGUUUGAGCACUGAGUGUUCGAACAACAACACAAUUCUGAAUCGACAGGGGAGGAAGAAGCGUGGGGACACACCACCAUACGCUCCGAGAUUUUGGUUGUAUUCGUUGGGAGCACCAUGCUAAGAAGGUUUGGUACUCCGGGACACUCUGGGAUGGGACAUUGUAUUUCCACGAAUGCCCUGGACACUAUUUGCCGUGGUUAUAGCGCCACAACUCGCUCUCUGUAACAGUAUUUCUAAUUCCAGUCCACGCUCACCAAGUCGUCAUGGCCUAGUGGUUAGCAUUUUUGCUUACCAAUCCAAAGGACGGAGGAUCGAACCCCGCCUCGAGCGACUUUGAUUUUUCGUUCAUCAUCAUCAUUUAAAAUUUAUGUGUUCUUAAUUUUCUCGUUGGGAGCAGAUAGGAAUCGAACCCAGAACCAUUCGCUUACAAAGCGAACACCGUAACCAGUCAGCCACGGCCGCUCCUCAUUGUUUUAAUGUUUAACCUUGAAUAAAAAAAAACUAGAGCACGCAAUGUAAACAACAACAAACACGUUUUGUUUGGCUGAGCAUUCUGUGCAUUGUUCCAAAGUUUGGUUUAAGUUGGUUGCCGGAGAUAAAUACAAAUGUUUACGGUAGUCUAACUUACACGUGCGUCAAAUGCGUUCUGACCUGAAAUCGCUUUGGCCAGUUGUCGCACUUACAUCAGUUUUCAGGGAGUGACAAGAUAGCACGACAAGAUUGAAACUACUUUCAUAUGAAAAGUGACAAAAAAUUUCGGAGCUUUUUUGGUUUUCAUUGAAUACCUCAGGAUUGAAAUCGAAUUUUGGGAAUCUGUGAAGGUAAAAAGGUGAGGCAUUGUGAGCUGCACAAAAUGGCGUUCUUAACUCAAUUUGGCCCAAAAUGCACGUACGACAAGUUAGCACGACGGCGACGAAUUUGGACGUUUCAAGCAAUUGUUUGCCUCAUUUCCCAUUAAAUAAUGCAAUAUUUGCAAAAUACAAUAUAAUUUUUGAGCAACCAGUAUUAAAGGGCUGUAGGUAAUUUUUCUUUUUUACUUAGAGCAAUUCUCUCAGUUUUCGGUCAUUCGUUUUUUUUGUUGUAUUUUUUA